GCGCGGAGAGCGUGGGGUUUGGAGGGCUGAUCGUGUGGAGGUUCGCGCGGGCGCCACAGGAUCUUACCGGGUCAUGGCACCUUCUGUCAAAGGGAAAAGGAAGCAGUCAGAAGGGGAUGACUCACUAGACUGUCCUGUGUCCCCUAAACCAGAUGGUGAACAGAACAGGAGCCAGAGCCCUGUCCAGCUAGAGGACUCCCCCGAGGCAGGCGGGGAGCGGGAGGAGGAGCAGGAGCGGGAGGAGGAGCAGGCCUUCCUUGUCAGCCUCUACAAGUUCAUGAAGGAGCGACACACGCCCAUCGAGAGGGUGCCCCAUCUCGGCUUCAAGCAGAUUAACCUGUGGAAGAUCUACAAGGCAGUGGAGAAGCUGGGAGCCUAUGAGCUGGUGACAGGCCGCCGCCUCUGGAAGAAUGUGUAUGACGAGCUGGGGGGCAGCCCAGGCAGCACCAGCGCGGCCACGUGCACUCGCCGCCACUAUGAGAGGCUGGUUCUCCCGUAUGUGCGGCACCUGAAGGGAGAAGAUGACAAGCCCCUGCCCCCCUCUAAGCCCAAGAAGCAAUACAAGAUUGCCAAGGAUCCUCGGGGGGAAGAUGGGGCCGCUGAGAGGCCAAAGAAGCCCAAGGAAGAGAAGCGGGGGGACCAGAUGAUAUCAGGAAAGACCAAAACCGAUGUCACCACUGACCUCACUCAGCUUCCCAGCCAGGAGCCUCCCAGAGACAAUACAGAACAGCCAGGCCCAGCCCCUGGGCCCUCUCAGUCCUUCGUGAGUGCCAGUGGCUGCCCUGAGGCCUACAAGCGGCUCCUGUCCAGCUUCUGUAAAGGGACACAUGGCAUUAUGUCACCGCUGGCCAAAAAGAAGCUCCUGGCCCAAGUGAGCAAGGCAGAGGCCUUGCAGUGCCAAGAAGAGGGCUGUCGCCAUGGAGCAAGUGGCCCCAACGGGGAGCCUCAGGUGGCCCCAGCUUUUUGUCCUUCAGAGAGUCCCCAGAGCCCAGGAGACUUGGCUGAAAACUCCAGACACCGGCUGACCCCUCCGGAGGGCUUACAGGCCCCUGGGGGCAGCCUCCGGGAGGAGGCUCCCACGGGCUUCCGCCCAUCAGGCCCCAUCUUCACCGGCUGUUUCCAUGCCUGCCCUACGGAGGUACUGAAACCCAUCAGCCAGCAUCCCCGGGACUUCUUCCCCAAUUUUAAAGAUGGAAUGCUGCUGGGGCCUCCUGGCAAGGAGGAGGGACUGUCAGUCAAAGAGCCUCAGCUGGUGUGGGGAGGGGAUGCCGACCGGCCCUCUGCCUUCCACAAAGGCAGCUCCAGAAAGAGCAGCCCGUACCCCAAGCCCAAAGCCUGCUGGGUGUCCCCCAUGGCCAAGGUCCCCGCCGAGAGCCCUGUGCCCCUCCCUACCUUCCCUAGCAGUCCAGGCCUCAGCAAUAAGCGCAGCCUCGAGGAGGGUCUUGCCCAUGGUGGCAAAAAACUGCGUGCUGUGUCCCCCUUUCUUAAGGAAGCGGACAGCAAGGAGUGUGGGGUCAAACCUGUGAGGCCUGGCCUGUCUGUCUCCUGCCUGCUGGGCCCAGCCCUGGGGCCCGCCCUUCCAGAGGCCUACAGGGGCACCAUGCUGCGUUGCCCACUGAACUUUGCCAGCGCACCAGACCCCUUAAAAUGCCAGGCCACACUCCCCUUCAGCCCCCUGGUCAUCCCAGCCUUCCCAGCCCACUUCCUGGCCACUACAGCCCCCUCACCCAUGGCCACUGGUCUCAUGCACUUCCCCCCAGCAUCCUUUGACAGCGCCCUCCGCCACAGACUCUGCCCAGCCUCGUCUGCCUGGCAUGUGCCUCCUGCCACAACCUAUACAGCACCCCACUUCUUCCACCUCAACACCAAGCUGUAGGUCAGAGCCUGCUGUGCUGUGUUGUGGAGGGACUGUCGUGGCUUGAGAUGAGUAGGCCCUGCCAGGGUGCUCUGGGUUACAGCCCAUUCCCCAGGAGGGCUCAGCUGUGUCCCUUGUUGGGCAUCCUGGCACAAGGGGAGACAAAGGGAGAACUGACUUUGUCGUGAGGAAACAACCAGAGCCCAGAGGCUGGGCACCCAGGUGUUGGCAAGUCUUUGGGAGAAGAUGGUCAAUGCUGGCAACUCAUCUGGGCCUCCAGAGCAGAAGCCAGGAAUGGGACGAGGGCUGAGGAGCUGGGAAGCAGCUUGAGGCAUUCAGGCUGUUCCUGGAAAAAUCUAAUAAUAAAAGAGCAACGUG